GUUCCAGUGCCAGGAUUCCCAGUUCCAGUGCCAGGGCUCCCAGUUCCCCUGAUCCUCAGCCACGUCCCUUUCAGCCUCUCGGCCCCGGCAGGAUCCCAGCGGGAACCCAUGACCUUCCCUGCCAGGAGCUCACAAUGACAGAGGAAACAUGCAGGACUCGGAGUCAGAAACGAGCCUUGGAGCGGGACGUGACCCCCAACGAUGUGGACAGUAAGAAACUCAAAAUGGAGAAGGGACUGUUGGCGACAGCAGAGCUGAACUCUGAGGGGGACAUGAAGAUCAAGGCAGAGCCCGGGGCUGGCAAAGUGCAGGGACUGUUGAAGGGAGGAGAGGUGAAGGCGACCAUCAAGGUGGAGGUUCAGACUGGGGACGAGCCUGUGGACAUGAGCACCUCCAAAAGCGAGGUGAAGCGGGAGAAGAGGGUCCCCUCCCCGGACGUCAUCGUGCUGUCCGACAACGAGCCCUCCAGCCCCCGCAUGAACGGGCUGACCAAAAUCGCCCUCAAGGAGACCAACACCGAGGCCCUGAUGAAGAGCAGCCCCGAGGAGCGGGAGAGGAUGAUCAAGCAGCUCAAGGAGGAGCUUCGGUUGGAAGAGGCAAAGCUUGUCCUGUUGAAAAAGUUGCGGCAAAGUCAAAUCCAGAAGGAGACCACGGCUCAAAAGCCCGCUGGUUCCUCUGGGAGUGCUGUCACCCCUCCGCCCUUGGUGCGGGGACCACAGAGUGUUCCUGCUGGGAAACCCUCCCUCCAGACCUCUUCCACGCGGAUACCGGGCACUGUGAUCCCUCCUCCCUUGGUCAGGGGAGGGCAACAGGCGUCUUCCAAGCUGGGAACUCAGCAGAACACGCAGAUUGUGAUGCCCCCCCUGGUCCGAGGGGCCCAGCAGAUCCACACGAUCCGGCAGCACUCCAGCACGGGGCCGCCCCCGCUGCUCCUGGCGCCGCGGGCGUCGGUGCCCAGCGUGCAGAUCCAGGGCCAGAGGAUCAUCCAGCAGGGCCUGAUCCGCGUGGCCAACGUCCCCAACACCAGCCUGCUCGUCAACAUCCCGCAGGCGUCCCCCACGUCCAUCAAGGGCUCUGCGGUGAGCUCGGCGCAGGCCAACCCCGCCGGCCCCGGCGCGGCCCUGGGCGGCUCCGGCGAGUCCCCGGCCAGCAGGCAGGCGGCCGCCAAGCUGGCCCUGAGGAAGCAGCUGGAGAAGACGCUGCUGGAGAUCCCUCCCCCCAAACCCCCCGCCCCGGAGAUGAACUUCCUGCCCAGCGCCGCCAACAACGAGUUCAUCUACCUGGUGGGCUUGGAGGAGGUGGUGCAGAACUUGCUGGAAACCCAAGGCAAGGUGCUGGUGGCCGCGGCGUCGCGCGAGCCCUUCGUGUGCGCGCAGUGCCAGACGGACUUCACGUGCCGCUGGCGGGAGGAGAAGAACGGCACCAUCAUGUGCGAGACCUGCAUGACCUCCAACCAGAAGAAGGCCCUGAAGGCCGAGCACACGAACCGCCUCAAGGCCGCCUUCGUCAAGGCCCUGCAGCAGGAGCAGGAGAUCGAGCAGCGCAUCCUGCAGCAAACAGCCCCCCCGGGGCAGCCCAAGGCCGAGCCCCUCGUGCAGCACCACUCGCUCAAGCAGAGUUCCAGCCAGAUGUCCCGAGGGGCGGGAGCCUCACGGGGGGUCCUGCACAGCUUCAGCCCGUCCCCCAAACUGCAGAGCCCCUCGGCCUCCCUGGGCAGCCGGCCCGGCAAACACGUGGAGCGCUCGGGCGGCAAGGGCAGCGCGGCCGCCUGGAAGAAAACCCCCCUGAGCACGGGUGGGGCUUUGCCCUUCGUCAGUCCCAGCUUAGCCGUGCACAAAUCGGCCUCGGCCGUGGACCGGCAGCGCGAGUAUCUGCUGGAUAUGAUCCCGCCCCGCUCCAUCCCACAGUCGGCCACGUGGAAAUAAUGCCCGGCAAGACUUUGUCCUGUUUCUGCCAUCCUUUUUAUACCACAGUUCCGUGGAAUCUGCUUUAAUCCCAGCUGGAUACGCCCCAGGCUUUCUAGGAUGCAAGAAGACCACUCCUCAUCCCACCGAGUGCCGCCGUCCCUGCCGAGAGAAGCGACCCCCCCGCGGGUCCCGGGUUCCGAUGGAGGCUGGCAGGGAGGGGAAGGAUUCCUUCAUAUGUUUUUUUUUUUUGGCUUUCUGUAUUUAGUUUGGAUUUUUUUCCGUCACCAGCACAAAGGACUCAGUGACUUCUCUGCCUUUGGGUUCGUUCCCGGCGACAAACCCGGCGCCAGGUCGCGCUCCAGCGUGGAAUUGGGGGCCAGGAGAGAGGAAUCCCAGCCCCAUCCUGCAUUUAGUGAGCCGAGUUCGUGGCUGCUCCUCUCCUCCCUGCCCCUCCUCCAGCCAGGAAGGGAGUCUACACAUCCUGAUAUUCCCAAAAUCCCCCCCUGGUGAUGACAAGCUAACGAUAAAUAAGUGCAGACUCCGAUUCCAGUUGAGUACGGUCCUUUUCCCGAGGGAUUGGCUGCCACCAAAACUUGGUCUGGUAGGUGGGAACCACGCAGGAGUCUCUCACUUUUGUUGGAUUCUGUUUGGAAUAGACUUUUGGAACCGUUGGUAGUUUAAAAACCUAAUUUACUGACUAGACAAAACCUUUGUUGGGUCUUUCUAAUUCAGCGAAGAGCAGUUGGGCCUUUCCUACGUCCCCGGAGACUCCGAAGUGAAACCGUUUGGGAUAAUUUUCCUUUUGGAGGGGUUUUGGGUUUUUUUUGUUGUUGUUGUUGGUUUUUUUGUUUUUUUGGUUUUUUUUGGGUUUUUUGUUUUGUUUCUCUUGUUGUUUGGAGGAGUAUUACUCAAAAGAAUAGGAAUCCCAGGAGCUGCAUGCAAUCAGGGAGAGCGGGAGGCGCCGGCAGAUCCUCCCUCUGGUGAUUCCCACCGGGAAUUCCGGCCCUUCCCAGCGCGUUUUGGGUGGGGGGUGCUCUGUGAUUUCCCCUUCCGAGUUCUUCCAGGCAUCCCAAGCAUGCUCCUCUAUCCAUCACCCAUCCCGCUUUGGGUGGAGCUUCAGGGCCGUUUUUUUUGGUCGAUCCCAAAAACCCGUCAGGUCCGGUUUUUCGGUUGGUUUUCGUUCCUCAUCCUCCUCCUCUGUGCUUCUCCCGGGUUUUCCAGUUGAAUUGAAGUGGCAGAAUUCCAUGCCUUACGACUUGUUGUUGCAUAUCAGUGCUGGAAAGAAGUGCUGAUAAGAAUUAUUUGGGAAAUUCUAUAUAUAUAUAAUCUAUAUAUCUAUAUAUAAAAAAAAAAAAAAAAAAGGGGGGGAGGGGGUUCCGUCGGAGCCGAGUUUAUUUUCGUAGCAGUCGCCGGGAGAUCGAAAACUUGAAGCCAAGAAUUCCUUAGGGUCGUCCCCCUCGGAUCUGCCCAUGGCGUAGUGACAGAAUUCCAGCCUUUCCCCCCUCCCCUCUGUUUUUCCCUGCCGGGUGAAGAUCAAGAUUUAGGGAUUUUUUUCCCUAACCUCUUUUGAGCAGCCUUGAAAACCCCCCCUCGUUUUCCAAACUGGGAUUUGUCGCUGGAUAAAGCCCCGGAAUUCCAAUUUUCCAGAGGGGAUCUGAAGAACUAAAGGGGAUGGACGGGGAAUUGGGGUGAAAUCAGAAGGUUUCUGGUUGUUCCAGGCUGGUUUGGGUUGGGAAUGUGGAGGGAGAACUGGAGUGCAUUUGCCUUUUCCACUUGAUAUUCCGGGAAAGUUUCAGUUCCUUCCCUGCUUGGAAUUUUUUUGGUUGUUUUUUGGGGGAUUUUCUUUUUUUCCCCCCCCUUCUCCUCUGACGAAUUCCUGCGUUUUCUCCUCGUGUUUUGAUCACUGUUGAAUCCCCUGGUAAAGUUUGUUUGGUUAAAAAAAAAACAA